AACGUUUGGGAAAAUUUCUCAAAGAUUCGUAUAAUUGUGACCAAAUUUAUACUGAAGGCUUUGGAAAUUUGAACGAACUUAAAGAUGAAAUUAAAUAUCUGGCAGUCCAUUUUUCCAGGGACACUAUGGAGGUAUACAUUCUAGAUGAUAAAAUAAAACCUUUCUCUAGAAUGGUUUUGAUAAAUACCAUAACGGUCCCAAUAAUCAAAGAUCCAACAUCUCAAGAAAUUUUCAAUUUUAUUGAAGGCCUAAUGGUGAUUAAUAAGUUGAUCGAACAUAAUCUUCAAAAGAUUAAUUCGAUUAAUCAAUUAGUCGGAGAUAGAACAUCUACAGUUCUUCCU